AAAUAUUCACUUUCUUUGAUGAUGUGCUGAUCUAUUAUUGUCUAGUGCAUAGUACAUGCGCUGGAACCAUUCUAACCCAUAAUUUCUCAUCUUAUGCGUUCGAUGAAAUGCGUGACCCAGUCCCAGCUUCCUUCCUUUGUAAAUAUCAAAGCCACUCGUCCAGCAGUUAAAAGUGACGGAAUCUAAUCGAACCAUAGAGGGGAUGGGUUCAGAGACGAAGAUGGUGGAUUUGUUGAAGGCCGAGAUACCCUUCGAGCAAGAGGAAAACCUUCUCCUUUUGCCCGGGGUGGAGUCCGGGAAGGCUGUUGGUCUCGUUCUCGUCGACAUCCUCAAUGGCUUCUGUACCGUUGGAGCUGGCAAUCUGGCUCCAACCGAGCCUAACAGACAGAUAUUGACGAUGAUCGAGGAGGCGGCGAGGCUGUCAAAGGUUUUCUGUGAAAGAAAAUGGCCUGUCUUUGUUUUUCUUGACUCCCACCAUCCCAACAAGCCUGAACCUCCUUACCCUCCUCACUGCCUAAUUGGAUCAGGUGAAGAAGAUUUGGUACCAGCACUGAAAUGGUUGGAGAGAGAUCCAAAUGUGACAAUCAAACGCAAAGAUUGCUUUGAUGGGUUCAUUGGUUCAAUGGAGAAGGAUGGCACUAAUACUUUUGCUGAGUGGGUGAAAACUAAUGACAUCAAGAUUGUUUUGGUGGUAGGAAUAUGCACAGAUAUCUGUGUUUUAGACUUUGUGUGCUCCACGUUAUCUGCUAGAAAUAUUGGCCUUGUACCACCACUGGAAGAUGUUGUGGUUUAUUCAGGUGGAUGUGCUACCUUCGACUUUCCCAUCGAUGUAGCUAGAAAUAUCAAAGGAACCUUAGCUCAUCCCCAGGAAUUGAUGCAUCAUGUAGGACUUUACAUGGCAAAGGGAAGGGGAGCCAGAAUAGUGCAGAAAGUAUCACUCGGCUCCUCGGAGGAACUGAGAUCUGGCCAUAUGCAAUGUAUUUAAAAGAAAAAGGAAUAUGAGGGUGAUGAAAAACUUAUCAUGCUAAUGUUCUUGGAUGGUUUCCUGCAUGCAUUGUCUAAAUAAGCUCUCCCUAAUGUAUAAAGUGGAACUGAUGGACUAGUCCAUGUUCUUUUACUCUUUGGGAUGGUUUCCUUCAACGUCUAUGUGAUUCCCUUCUUAUGGUUCCAAAGCUGCAUGGCAAGCCUCUAGAUAUUUUGUAAUGUAAGCAUUCAGAUUCAAAUUGUAGUCUUUUAAUGCC